CCAUCAAAUCAGGUGAGUUGCUUUAGAACCGCCUUUUGUUGGGACACGCCCACUCGUCCGCAGAGACUCGUACUAGCUCAGUGCUGCAGCUGAUCCAAUCACAGCUCAWAGCUCGAGCCGUGUGGGCGGGGCUUAUCCCCCCUGCGCCCCCAAACCCCCCUCCAUCUCCGCUCCAGUGCCACUCAGGGGACGGGCGACAGACGGAGCGGCGGAUCAGUCGGACUCGGACCGGACUCGGGGUCCAGCAGAGGUCGGCUGUUUUCAUGAUGAGGAUGUAAAUCACGCGCAGCUUGGCGGAGUGGGAGGGGGUCACGGCGCGGACAGGUGUGAGAUCGGGCGCGCGCGGAUGAAGGACGAACGAGGUGUUUUAAGAUUUUGAUUCCCAACGACCCCCCCAGGCCUGAUGGAUCCAGCCGGAGCGGCUCCACUGGACCACAAAGCCGGUCUGAGUCGCCCCCUCCUCUCCGGGAGCGCCUCCUGACCCAGCACCCCCUCAUGAGGGUCUCAGCUCGGUGAUUCGGUUCUUCACGGACCCUGGUUGGGUUUUAUUCAGGUUCUGUUUGGUUCUAAACCGGAUUUCUCGGCGCGCCUGGACUCCUUUGUGUCAGCGGGUUCACCGCAGAGAGGGCGGGGGGGUGGAGGUGGAGGUUCUGGUUCUGGUCCUUGUGGCCGGGUCGUGAUGGCAGGGGCCCGGCCGGAGGCGCAGCACGACCACCCGCCGGAGAACGGCUGCGCGGCGCCCCGGCUGCUGCCGCACGUCGACAGCUGCGUGCUGCCGGGCCUGGGCGGGUUCGGCCGGCACCAGAGGCAGCUGGUGGUCCUGACCUGGAUCCCGGCCCUCUUCAUCGGCUGCAGCCAGUUCUCGGACCACUUCCUGCUGGCUCAGCCCAACGGCACGUGCGUGCGGCCCCUGCGCAACGACAGCGGCAACUGGACCGGGCCGAACCUGCAGGAGCCCGCGCUGACACUCAAAGGCAACGGCACCGGGGAGGGGCUCGAGGAGGAGGACGGCGGCGGAGGGAUGCUGUGCGCAUGCGCAGAGCGGAGGCUGCAGCUGCAGACGGGACUCACUCAGAAUGUGGUUACCAAGUGGAACCUGGUGUGCGACUCGGCCUGGAAGGUUCACAUCGCCAAGUUCUCGCUGCUGGUGGGCUCCAUCUUCGGCUACUUGGUGAUGGGUGUCAUGGCCGACUGGUUUGGCCGACACCCGGUGCUGAUCCUCUCGGUGCUCUUCAUGCUGGUCUUCGGUCUGAGCGUGGCCUUCUCGGCGAACGUCACCGUGUUCAGCACCUUGCGUUUCUUUGAGGGUUUCUGCUUGGCGGGCCUCGCUCUUUCCCUCUACGUGCUCAGGAUCGAGCUUUGUCUGCCAGCCUGGCGCUUCUCCAUGACAAUGGUGGCCAGUUUUCUGAAGGUGGGCGGGCAGCUCCUGAUGCCAGCCGUGGCCGCUCUGUGUCGCUAUUGGCCGAGCGGGGAGGACUGGCAGGUGCUGCAGAUCGUCAUAAUCAGCCCUUUUGUUCUGAUGCUGCCCUACGUCUGGAUUUUUCCUGAAUCCCUGCGCUGGUUGCUGGCCACCCAGCACUACAAGCGCUCCAAAGCCAUGAUGCUGCGCAUCGCCAGGAAGAACCAGGUUGACCUGACCACCGAGCCCAGCGGAGUUCUCACAGAGCUGGAGCAGGAGAUGCACAGGAAGCCCCAGCGGAGCUGCGUGGUGAAGAUGAUGAGCACCAGGAACCUGUGGAAGAACAUCGUGGUGCUGUGCGUCAACUCCCUGACGGGGUACGGGAUCCACCACUGCUUCGCCCGCAGCAUGAUGGACCCGGAGGCCCAGCCCACGGCUCUGUGCCGCGCCGACUACUACACCAUGGCUGGCAUCGCCGUGGCCACCUGCCUGGCCCUCUGCCCCGCCGUGGGGCUGAUGGGGCGCCGCGGGGGGCUGCUGGCCUUCAUGAUUGUGACGGCUCUGGCGUCUCUGCURCAGCUGGGGCUCCUGAACCUGAUCGGAAAAUACAGCCUCCGACACGACACAGUUCUGAGAGACACCCUAAACAGGAAGUUCUCUGUGGCGUUCUCCAUCAUCGGCAUGUUCUCCUCCCACGCCGUCAGCACGCUCAGCAUCUUCUUCUGUGCGGAGAUCACCCCGACCGUCAUCAGGGGCGGAGGUCUGGGUCUGGUCCUGGCGAGCGCCGGCUUCGGGAUGCUCACCGCCCCCAUCAUGGAGCUCCACAACCAGAAGGGCUACUUCCUGCACCACGUGAUCUUCGCCUGCUGCACGCUGCUGUGCAUCAUCUGCCUGCUGCUGCUGCCGGAGCCGCGGGGGCAGCCCCUCCCCGAGAGUCUGGCCGACGGCGAGACCUUCACCCGCCGGACGCUGCUCCACCCCGGGGAGCAGCACCUCCUCCUCGCCAAGUGCGACGGGGACUACUCGCGUGUCCACGACACUCCGCUGCACCUCACCGCCACGGGGGGCGCCGCGGCGGUGGCGGCCACCGCUCUGGCAGCGGUGCCGGCCUCGUACGCGCUCGCCACCGGCGGCGAGGCGAUUGGGAGUCGCACCAUCGCCAACGGCGUUUCGGCCUCACAGCAAUAGUGAAAAUAAACAAAUAAAUAAAUAMAGCGGCACGAGCAGCUCGUCAACAAAACCUUUAUAAAAGGGAAAUUAAAAAAAUUAAAAAUUGUUCCGACGAACCGGAUGAACUCUGAGGAAGUGAGGUUUGAGAUGACGACAAUGAGAAAAACUUUAUUUUUGUGUUUUUUUUGUGUGACAAUGAUUCAUUCAGGAGUUGCCAAAAAGAAAAUUUGUUUCUUUGAAA